CUAUAUACACGAUUACAUAUUUAUAAUGGAUUUACUUAUAGUCCAUUUAAAAAUUAAAUGGAAAGUACCGUGUAAUGUUUUGAUAUUACUUCCAUGGAUUAAAACCGUAAAAUUUUCAACAAAUUUUCAUUGUAAAUUUAACAAUCGGUUUAUAAUAGAUCCCUGGAGUACAAGUGUGAAAAUGACAAAUCAAAAAAAUGAUUUUAACAGUGGCCGAGCAAGAAUGAUUAAAACGUCAUGGACAGUUCAAUAGUUUAAUACAUUUUUGAAAAUGACCAGGGAUUAAGGGAUCAAGUGAAUUAUGAUGCUUAAGAUUAAGGGAUUAUAGAUAAGUGAGCUCAAUUUAAGAUAUAAUUUGGAGCUGCUAAAAUUUAUGCACUGUUUUCAGUCUUACUUAAAGACAGUAAUAAAUGAAAGAUGUGUUUACUGCACCAAUCAAAAUGGACUUUGGGAAAAGAAAUUAUCCAAUGGAAGUGAGCAUUACAUCGGAUAUUUUUCAAUAGAUGCACGUAAGGUCACGUGGUAUUAAAGACUCUUCACAAGCGUCUGGCGGCGAUAGAGAUUUCAAUAUGGCGGACACACCGACUUCACCGAAUGGAAAUAAAGUAGCGGAUGUGAACAUGAAGAACGGACUUCCGUACGAAAAGGACAAAAUAAUAACGAAUAAAAUUGGUGAUAUAAGUAAAUCGCCGUCUAUUUCUUCACAAGACAGUUGCACAAAAUUGACAAUUGACAAAAAGAACGUAGACGCCACGUGUUGCACGCGCGAUAGUUCCACGUUGUCUGUGUUUAAACUUGCCAUAUGUUUUGUUUGUGGAAUCGUCUUUGGACUGAUGUUUGUAUAUAGUCGAGUGUUUGAGCCAAAUACAAUACGGAACCAGAUGGUGUUUGAAAAUUUUAUCAUGUUAAAGAUGUUUUUAUCCGCUGUGUGUGCAGGUCAGAUUGUGUUCAGUGUGUUAUCAGUAUUACCAGCAACCAAAGAAGUAUUUCAAGAAGCAGUGAUUGAAUAUGUAGCUUGCUUUAAUUCAAAGGGCAUUCUUACCAGUGCUGUUGGCGCCUUCGUCCUGGGCUGUGGGAUGACCUUAUCAGGAGCUUGUCCUGGUAUGGUGUUGGCUCAAGUCGGUUCCUGGGUACCAAACUCAAUAUUUACAUUGGUAGGGUGCCUUCUCGGGGCGUUGACGUACGGGCUUGUGGCUCCUGCAAUAGAGAGUAAAACUAAGCCAAAGAAAAAGUUUAAAUACCAAACAUUACACCAAACGUUGAAGUGGCAUUAUAUUGCCAUAUCUUUACCAAUGUGCGUUGUGUUGUUUGCUGUUGUUUUCAUUUUGGAAUAUUUCUGGGAUUAUGAAAAAGAUAUAAAAAAUAUCGGGAGAACUCCACCUCCCUAUGAUAAUAUUCUUACGGCGAUUGCCUGGAGACCAUCUGUUGCAGGUGCAAUUAUCGGAAUCAUACAGUUGCCUUUGGUGUUUACCGUGCAUGACACAAUGGGCGGGUCUACCAGUUACGUCACUGUCGUGUCACAGUGGGUGGUGACCAAGAGACUGCAGGAAAUGUUUCCUUAUUUAGCGUCCAAACGCUGUGGUUUGAGUAACUGGUGGCAGGUUGUAUAUGUCGCUGGCGCCAUCUUGGGAGCAGCAUUGGCCUCCAUUGCUUCCGAUACCAUGAAAACGUCGCACGGAGCGAAUUUACAAACGGCGCUGAUUGGUGGAGUAUUGAUGAUAUGGGGAGCAAGAUUCGCUGCGGGGUGUACAAGUGGGCACGGCCUUUCCGGAAUGGGUCUGCUAGCAUGGCUAUCAUUUAUCGCUGUACCUUGCAUGUUCGCGGGAGGUAUCAUGACAGGGUUCUCCAUGCAAGCAACUGGGGCCCUGGACGAUUAUGUUUCAUCUACUUUUGACACCUAGUCUGCAUGGAAUUCACGGGGGUUUUGACGACUUUUAGUGCCAAUUCUGCAUGGAACUCACGGUAGUUUUGACGAGUUUUAGUACCAGUCCCGUGUCCGGUUUGUGACCGGGAUGGAAUUUUUAUUCGGGCAAUAUUCUGGUUGUAGUAUUACGACCAAGGACAGUUAAUUCCUCGCCGUUUGUUCAAAAUUUUUUAUAAUUGCAUGUGAUUAUGUCACACUGACAUAUAAUCUUUCAGGUGUUUGAAAUACUAUAACAAUAUAACAUACAGGAGUCCUAAGAUACCUUUAAAAGUCUUUAAAGAUGUUGUUUAGCGACAAAAAUAACGUUGAUGGAUUUACUAAUUCAGAUUUAUUUUUAAAAAAAAAAAGAUGGAAGACCAGAGAGUGGGAGGGACUGUUAACAGAUUUUGAAUAGACGAAAAAGAUAUUUACGAGUUUAAACGGUGUUUAUGUAAUUUAUUACUGAUGUCUUAUAUGCACAUUGGGCAAAGUCCUAAAAUUGAAUGCCAUCAAUUUGGUGCAUAAUAUAAAUAACACAUAGAGGGUUGCCUUUUUACGGGCAAGAACGCUUCUUGUAAAUCCGGUGAGUCAAACGUGUAGAAAUAUUUUCGGAAGCGUAGACAUUCAAAACACAGACAAAAUAUUUCCGCCACGGGAAACCUGGAACGAAUGUUGCGAACAGUAUGACUUGUCUGUGAGCAUUGAAAACUAGCGUAUUUUCCGGAUAUACAAAUUUCGGAUAAAAUACUGUUAAAACCAUGAGAUAAUGAAAUCUUGCAUGUGUUAUGUACAGCAAUUUAACUUAUAAGGUUAUACCAGUUAUACCAGUGUACAUUGUUAUAAAUAUAUUUAAGCUUGCCAAGUAUUUUAUGUUUAUUUUAGCUUUCUUGUGCAUCAGAGGUUCCUUACUGUUCAACCAUGGAACCGUUGUAGACCUCUGAUCUAUGAGAAUGAGUUGAUGGACGUUUUCACACACAAUAAAAAAUCAAAUAUUUAAGGCAUAUGAUCAAAAUUUGCUCAAGUAUUAAUUAUAUAUAGAGAAUACCUCUGAGUCAUUGCAGUUCUUAUGUGUGCAUUAAAUGAGUGGAUCAUUCAAAACUAUUCUUUAAAGCGUUGUAUCUAUUCUUCUGUUUUGGUGGUGUUUUUUGUUUUUUAUAAAGGCGUUCGCUAGAAUUCCAUACAUAUGAGAUGGGCGAAAUUUUCCCCAAUAAUAGAAUUUCUUCAAAAUUUGGAUAUUGAAGAACAGUAAUCUAAGAAACAAAAAUAUGCAGUAAAGAUCAUAGGCCACCGGUACUGAAGAUUUUUUUGGGAAAAAUUUCGCCCGAAUUCUAGCGUACGUCCUUAGCUAUGUUUUGUUUUCUCUGAAUGAGAUCACGCCAAGAUGAGCAGAUCGUUUUUCCGCAAAAGAGAAGAACUUCUCUCCAAGUAUGAACAUUAAAAGAACAAUUUGAAAGCAAGCAACGUCGAACAAAGUCACUAUGUAUAUGCUGAUACUUGUUGUUUUAGUGAUGUUACUCCAUGGGUUAUUGAAGGUCUUUAAAAAUUACGCCCACAAAAUGUGUACUUGUAAUAUUUAAAAAAAAAAAAAAAAAAAAAAAAAAGUAACACUGUGUCAUUCAGACAUCUGAGCAUCUUGGUGUGAGCGAAGUUCCGAAACCCUCGUCUACCUCAUAUUGUUAAAUGUGGGACAAUCCCAACCCUUGGGACAAGACCACCCUUGUGCACAACUUAAAUGUUGGACAACUGGCACCAACCCCCAAAACCACCAUCCUAAAUUUACGCUUUUAAUUUUGUUGUUGAAUAAAAGAUGCAUGAAAAAUUAAAAGAAAAAACAACUGAAAUUUACAACAACAAAAAAAACACAAAUAUGAUUAGAAUUACCAAUUAGUGAAAAUUUGGAGAGAAUUUGAACAUUCAAAAUAUGGGACCCUGUUCAUCUUUGUCAAAAUGAGUAAGGGUACUUUGUCCUGAAGGGAAUUUUCCGUGUUUUAUUGUUGAUAUAGCAUGAAUUAUAUUCUUUUCAUAGAGUUAUUGUACUAUUUAAUUGACCUGUCAAAACAUGUUUCUGGCUUUCAUGUUUAUCUUAUAUAAGCGUGAACAGAAUAUGAUGAAAGCCGGGAACAAGUUUUGACAGGUCAUAUAAAUUUUACAAUACCGGUGUAUGAAAGGCAAAAACAACGAGAUUUGUAUGAAUCUAUAUAUUUUGUGCCCGAAUUCCCCCUAUUCGCAAAUGGUACCAUUGACUGAUUUUAUGAUCUUGAUGUAUGUAUAUACUGUGAAAUCAUAAAUUCCUGUGGGGGACUAAUUUUCGUAAAUUAAGUGUUUUUCUGGUUAUUUCAUCGCCAAAAGUUGAAAACCCCAAACUCUUAUCACUUAAAAACAGUUGUCGUGGCACGAACCACGAAAUUUUAUGCCUGUCAAAUUAAAUAAUUUAACAAUAUCAAACGGGCAAAUUAUGCCUAUUUGUCUUUAAGAUUUUUCACGGUUUCUGUAAUUGCAAUAGGCUUUGAAAGCGAACAGUAUGGAUCCUGACCAGUCUGCGCGGAUGAGCAGGCUGGUCUGGAUCAAUGCUGGUCGCAAAGCCACUAUGUUGGUUUUCUCAUGGCACGGCUCAUUUGUUUGGCUCAUUAUAUUUCGCUACAUGAUUCAAACAAAAUUUGUUUUCAUUCAGCUUGAAGUAAUUUUGACACGUAUAUUUUAUAUACAUGUGUGUACAAAGACCUUAAAUUUAUUAUAAUAAACAGAUGCCGCUAGGUAUUUUGACACAAUUGUACAGUUUGAUAAAAACGGUUGCGACAUCGAAGUAUUAUUAUGUAUAUUGUCUUUCUAUUUAUUCUUUGAUGCCAUACAAAUAAUGCAACGAUAGCAUGUCUAUGUAAAUAAUGUAAAUUCUAAAGUUAUUACAAUUGUAACAACACGUUCCACAGUUGGUCGAACAAAAUCCAUUUCGUCUUUGUUGUCAUUAAUUAGCUCGACUAUUCGAAGAAUAGGGGAACUAUCCAACUCGCCCCGGCGUCGGCGUCGGCGUGAGCGUUAGCGUGAGCGUAAGCGUUAGCGUCACACCAAAGUUUGCGUACCACCCAAAAUAUUUUCAAAGUCCACUGAGAUAUUGCUUUGAUAUUUUGCAUACGUGUUAGCCAUCAUGACCCCAGUCUGUAAAAAGGAGGAGGCAUCUCUAUCAAGCAUUUCGACUGAAUCAUGGCCCUUUUUCGACUUAGAAUACACUUAUUGUAAUGUUAACGUUUUACUCAUAGCUUAUAUUAUACUAUCAAGCACUGAGAAUAGUCGAGCGUGCUGUCAACUGACAGCUCUUGUUCUGUUAUAUUGUUACACAUUUUUGUAUUAAAUAAUGAUCAUUUUUGAUAAACGAAUAAAUCAAAAUUAUA